GGGCGGUGUGAACCUUGUAUCGGAUUGUAUUUUUACUUGUCGGAAGGCGAACUUCAAUGCUUUUUAGAAGAUGUCCCUGAGCAUACAACGGUGACUGGUAAAUACGAUUUAUCUUACGAAGAUUUAACUAAGAAGGAAGACCCCAUGUUAUCGGUUUUAGUGACUAACCCUUCUGAAAAUACUGUAGUAGAUCAACUUUAUCGUCGCUCAAAAGAUGUUUUUUCUUUCAUCUCUCAAGAGCCUGGAGAACAUAAAAUUUGUAUUAAAGUCCACGGUAAAGGCUGGCAGUCAACAAAUAAAAUAAAAGUUGUAUUUCAGCUUAACACUGGAGAAGAUAAUGAGGAGGAUGAUAAACAGAGUAAGUUAGAUGAAAUUCAGCUACAGACCUAUAAACUAACAGUUCAAGCUGAAGAAAUAAGCAAGGAACAGGAGUUUCAACGGGUCCGCGAGGAAAAAUUUCGACGUCUUAGCGAAACAACGGAAGCGAGACUUUUUUAUUGGUCUUUUUUUCAACUUGUGAUAGUUCUUGCAACUGGCUUCUGGCAGAUGAACCACUUGCGCAACUUUUUUCAAUUAAAAAAAAUUCUUUAA